GGAACGGCGAUUUCAAUGUCUCUCCUCCUCCGUUCCAUAAAAUUGGAAAACAAUGAGACUUCCUUCCAACGCUGCUAUAAAGCUCAAGGCGCCGCUUCUGCUACAUCGAUUCCUCUCCCUCCCGUCGCCCGCCACCGUCAAUACCGCCGUCGAAUUUCGAAACGUCUUGUGCCCCGCAAGGAGGAUUCUAACCCUCGCCGGAACCAGAGCGCUGCCGUUUCUGCAUUGCAGAGCGAUGGCCACCGCUUGUGAAGUGGAGCCUCUGGUGGUCCCGGUGAAAGAGCAGAUUGAACUGACUGAGACGGAGAAGAAGAUUUUCGAUAGGCUUCUCGGCACUCUGCGCCACUUCAAUCUCCAAACGCAGCUUCGUGUUGCCGGUGGCUGGGUCCGCGAUAAGCUUCUUGGCAAAGAUUGUUACGAUAUUGAUAUUGCACUUGACAAUAUGUUGGGCAGUGAAUUUGCUGAUAAGGUCAAGGAAUACUUGGAAUCUACAGGGGAAGAGGCACAAGGAGUGGCUGUAAUUCCAAGUAAUCCUGAGCAAUCCAAACACUUAGAAACAGCAAGGAUGCGUCUUUUAGAUUUAUGGAUUGAUUUUGUGAACUUAAGGUGUGAAGACUAUAGUGAGAAUAGCCGAAUCCCCACAAUGAAAUUUGGCACAGCAGAGGAGGAUGCAUAUCGAAGGGACUUAACCAUAAAUAGCUUGUUCUACAAUAUCAAUACUGGCUCAGUUGAAGAUUUUACCAAAAGAGGGAUUGCAGAUCUAAAAUCUGGAAAGAUAGUUACUCCAUUACCUCCAAAGGCUACAUUUCUGGAUGAUCCCCUACGAGUUCUUCGAGCUAUUCGCUUUGGUGCAAGGUUUGGUUUCACACUUGAUGAAGAAUUAAAGAAAGCAGCUGCUUGGGAUGAUGUGAAGACAGCUCUUGCAGCUAAGAUUAGCAGAGAACGCAUUGGAACUGAGAUUGAUCUCAUGAUCUCUGGCAAUCAGCCCAUUAAUGCAAUGGCCAAUAUUUGUGAUUCGACAUUAUUUUGGAUUGUCUUCGAUCUUCCUCCUGAAUUUGAGCCUGCAUUACCAGAAGAGCAUCAUAGGCUUUGCAUUGCUUACGUGGAUGCUGCAUGGAAUCUUAUUAAACUAAUUGGAUGCUCCAACUUCAAUGAUGAGCAAAGAAGGCUUGCUUUGUAUGCUGCUUUAUUCCUUCCACUCAAGAAUACAACUUACAAGGAUCGCAAAGCUAAAAGGAUUCCUGUUGUCAACCACAUUUUGAGGGAUUCUCUUAAGCGAAAAGCAAGUGAUGCUGAAACAGUUAUUAGCAUUCAUAAUGCAUUGGAGAAAUUCUUAUCCUUGAUUCCAGCUCUUGUGUCUAAUGACGAUGCCCACCUCACCGAAUUGGAAUGGGGAAGAGAAUUUAUUGAUGUCCCUGGUACUUCAAAAUUGCGUGUAUUAACAGGGUUUCUGCUCAGAGAAAUUAAAGAUUUCUGGCAAGUUGCCUUGUUGAUGUCUACCUUGCUAUACCCUGCUGAGACUGAUUAUACUCAAGAUAUGCUAAACAAGAACUUUGAACUGGACAAGAGGAGAGAUUUGUUUGUGACAGUUGAGAAUGCCAUUGUUGUUAAACUAGGUCUGGAGAAUGUUUGGGAUUUAAAACCAUUAGUCAACGGGAAAGAUAUAAUGAAUGUUUUGCAGCUUAAAACUGGAGGACCACUUGUUAAGGAAUGGCAACAAAAACUGCUUGCUUGGCAGUUGGGUCAUCCCUCUGGUACCACAGAGCAAUGUCUGGACUGGAUGAGAGAAACCCAUUCAAAACGCAUAAAGAGGGAGUAACUGUUUCCUCAGCCACCUUCUUUCUGCUUUAGGCCAAGAGUUCCUGGAAGAACAAGCAUGUGUAUUCCCCCUAUAGUAAUUCUUUUGGAUGUUUCAGAACAAGGUUAGCAUCCAAGCACUGGCAGCAUCCUCGAACUUGAGCAUUUCUAACUUCCGAACAUUGGAGAACACUAAAAUGCUUCACAGUGAGCAGAAGUAACCAUGAGAAAUUUUGUUCCCAUACUUGCUACUUGUACCAGCGGAUAAACUUACACUAGAUGUCAAGCUAAUAUCUGUAAAACAGUUCAUAAUUAGUUACAUUUUAUCACCUAAUAGUUGGACCGUAAAAUCAGUUGAUAUAAACAUGUGUAUCUUAU